AUGGGGAAUCUUUUUAAAUCAGCUGAAAACGUUGCCAGCUUUGUUCAGAACUGUUGUGCUAAAUUUAUAGAUAGGGCCAAACACUCCGAGGAGCACCAACAUAUCAACGUAUACAACAUAUACUGUUUUGAUUUAAAUACAAAUGGUGCCAAGGAAAAGAUGGUUAGUUCUAUUAACAACGGAAAGGACAAGACCCAGCACAAUUGUACUGUCGACCACUAUAAAUGUGACACUUUAAAAAGUAUAAUUGCUGAAAUCGAGCUUAGAGAUAACAUUGGUACAUGUGACUAUGACCCAAAACUAUCCACUGAGUAUUACAACAAGUUUCAAAAAAAUAUUUUUUCAAUUAUUGAAAAAAACUGGGACUACAAAGACCACACGACUAAAGCCUUGAGGUUAAAAAUAUUACAAAGACGUCUUGAUUUUAUAACACAGCAUAUCAGUAUCCCAAAUAGAAUUGUUACCAAGAUACUGGAACUAAAUGGAAUGGAGUCUCAAAAAGAUAUGUUUUCAUUAGCUAAUGAACAAUAA